CCCGCCUCCAUCUGUCUCCACACUCCGCAGCAGCAUCAGAGCAGGGCAUAUCCCCCUCUCAUGACUCCAUGGAUUCCUUGGCUCGCCUCCCCUAAGCCAUCUCCCUAAACCGCAAGAAGAACACAGUCGCAGAGCAUUUUCGCCCUGGGAAAAGAGCCGAAAGAGAGGUUGAUCACGCCGCCGCAAUGGCGUUAGCCUGCACAGCCAGGCUAAUCCACCCCUGCAUGGUGUCCAAGAAUCCAAGGACACCGCCGCCCCCCUUACACCUCCACACCCAUAGGCCCGCGGCCGCCACCACGCUGUCGCUGAUACCGUCGUCGUCCCAUCACUUCGCGCUCCACUCCGUCGACGUCUCCAAGGACGACAAGCCGCUCGAUUCGCCGCCGCCGGCGACGACAACGACGACUGCGGAGAGUGCUCAAGUAGACGCCGCUGGGGGAGGAGCCGAGGCCGCGCCGUUGGAGACGGAGGAGGACGACGGCCUGAAGCUGGACCCGCGGCGGUUCGAGGAGAAGUUCGCGGUGCUCAACACGGGGAUCCAUGAGUGCCGGUCGUGCGGGUACCGAUACGACCAGGCGUCGGGGGAUCCGUCUUACCCGGUGCCGCCGGGCCUGCCGUUCGCGCAGCUGCCCGACGACUGGCGGUGCCCCACCUGCGGCGCCGCUCAGUCCUUCUUCGAGAGCAAGAGUGUCGAGAUCGCCGGGUUCGCGCAGAACCAGCAGUUCGGGCUCGGCGGCAACUCCCUCACCUCGGGACAGAAGGGGCUGCUCAUCUACGGCAGCCUCCUCCUCGGCUUCCUCUUCUUCAUCUCCGGCUACUUCUUGCAAUGAGCUAGAACCACGACGGCAGCUAUUGCUUGACGGCUUGACGCGAUGGUCAGUUCUAGGUGUGAGUUCUUGUUGCUUGCCUGGUUAAUUGCUAAAUUGGUGUGAAUACAUAACGAUAUAUAAGCAUGUACCAGAGGAGAUGGAGAGACUCCAUUGAUUUUGUGAAUGCAAUUGGGAUAUCUACGAGAAGAAGUGCUAUAGAUUUUGCAAUUAAUCAGUCAGAGCAAUGACUCACUUUUAUUUUGGAAAAAAAUAAAGUUUACCAGCUUCCGAUUGAUGGGUU